GCGUAGAAGUAGGAAUGACGGGUUGUGUCAGAUUUGAUUAGUUAGCAGUAAAAAGCCUCUUUCUCCCAAAACAUCUUUAACUGUUUCUUCACCGACUUUCAGUUUGCUUCUGCUUCAGCCUUUCGCAUCUCUUUCCUUUUCUUUCUCCUUUUUAACUUUUUACCAUUUCCACUCCUAAACUUCCAAUUGUGGCCACCCCAACCUACUACGCCACCACUAAAACAUGGUCUCUCCCACCGCCACCACCACCCUAUGAUCAUCACCCCACCAACAUGUUAGGCCUCCAUAACAUCUUCCUUAUAGCUCCACCACCACAGGAAAACCAACAACAACAAGCCCCACCGCCGCCGCCGCCACCACCACAACCACAACCCUUUAACCAAAACUACAACUUGACUGACACAAAUCUUUGGACUUUAAAGAGAAGCACCGCCCAAGAAUCAAUACCGGUUUUCCAAAAGAAAGAUGGAGCCUUGAAUAAUGUUGAAGAAGAUGAUGAUGAUGAAAGUGGUGCUGCUGGUGGUUGCUUCAAGGUGUGUAGAGAUUGUGGGAAUAGGGCAAAGAAGGAGUGUGGAUAUAGUAGGUGUAGGACUUGUUGUAAGAGUCGAGGGUAUGAUUGUGCUACUCACGUGAAGAGCACGUGGGUGCCUGCUGCUAGGAGAAAAGACAGGAAGGUUUUAGUGAUCGGGGAUGAUGACGGCGGCGGAAAUGGUGGUUGGUCUUCCGGCUCCUCUUCUUGUGGUGGUAAAAGACAAAGGGUUUUGAAUUUGACUUCAAACGCUGCUUCCAAGUCCUUGAAUUUUGAAGCAGGCACUUGUCACCAGGAUUCAGGAUUUAAAGAAUCCUUACCGGUUCGAGUUCAAGCACCGGCGGUUUUCAGGUGUAUUCAAGUGACAGCCAUUAGUGAUGGUGAAUCAGAGAUUGCAUACCAAGCUACUGUGAAUAUAAGUGGCCAUGUUUUCAAGGGGUUCCUAUAUGACCAUGGAGUUGAUGUGAAAAACGAGUUUCCUUGCAUUUCGAAAGUCGUUUUUGAAAGCAGCAGCAGUGGAAGGGAUAGAGAUUCAUCUUCUCCGGUCGUUGAUCCAGCAAACACCUUUGCAGCCUCCGGUGACUGAGGAUCGGUUUAAGAUCAAAGACGGCAUCGUUGUGAAGCUUCGUGAACGAGAAGUGGUUCUUGUUCUAAUGUCACCAUCCAUCUUUGGUAAAAAAGCAAAAGAUUGUAUUUGCCAUGAUCUGCACUUCACUUUAGUGCUAGGCAUAUUUCCAAAAUAGGAAAGCACAUUAUUUGCAUAAAUCUUCAUCAUGUUGCUGAUAUGCAUCCUCAAAAACACUUCUGGGUCCACUCGCAGCAUCGGAUUCCUACAUCAAUGCAUGAAAUUUCAUCCGGUUUACAUUCGGAAUUUCCUCGAUAAAGAUUGCAUUAUCUUUUUAUUUUGUACCAUACACAAUGAUUAGCAUACAUGUCAAAAAGUUUAGUGCCUGUUGUUCGUGUGCUUUGCUUGGUUUCAUUGCCCUGUUUCCAGCGUGCGUAUAUUACUUAGGCACAACCAUGAGAGUCAUAUAUGGAUAUGUAUUCAACACAGAUAUACAUUCAAACAAUCAUACCCCAUACAUCCGGAGUAACAUGUUUUUGACAAGCUGGUUCUCUCUUAUUCCCCCUUUUAACUUUCUGUAUGUAUAUGCCAGGACAUGAGCAGGAUUCAACCAAGCCAAUUUUGGUUGAAAGCACAUAUAUUAUACUACCUACAAAAUUCAUGCUUUACUUUUUUCUUUAAGAAGAUCGCAGUCCGAGAUAAGAGAAAGGUUGUGUAUGCUGAGAUUUAAACUCUAGAUUUGCUGGAUGUCAGUACAUCUAAUCCCAAGUUCCAUGCUUUCCAUUUCAACCCUAUAAGAAGUGAGAUGCCAUUCUCUGCUCUACGAACCUCGCAAUCAUCUUCGACUUAGUUUUGGCCGGUCACAAGCAAUGCAAAUUGCGCUUUGCUGUUUUAGAAUCCGGGUCAGUUGCUUUCUGCGCUCAAUAACAGAGAGUCUCCAUAGAAAGAAUUAAGCUUCCGAUUUUGAAGAGUUUAUUUGAAUGAGAUGUUAAUGUCAGUGAUUUAAGGGCAUUGAAAGGUUUCCAAUAUAUAAGUGAAUGAUGUAUGCAUGUUUGUAGUUAUAUAAAUGAUUUUGGGCAGAUUUCUUGUUCUACAAGGAA